GCGGCUUCAAAACUGGUCUUCCUUGGCAACCCGUCAACAGCGAGUCAGGCGUCAAGAAAUAACAGCUCAGACUGGAUGUAAAUUGAAGUCAUCUCACAGAUCCAGGAGAGUGUACACAUUACCGACAUUGCAGCGACUUCAGCAUGGCGUUGCCAUUUUUACCAGGGAAUUCCUUCACUAGCAGCAUGGGAAAAACAAAGUACCACAAAUCUCAUCACUUCGACAAUUGCAACGAUGUCUCGAUGCUGGUGGGUCAUGAGAAGCCAGGUAUUGGUGGUGAGCCUCUCCUUGGACAGAAACUGAGACCUAAAAACUCAGUGUUCCCCAGUGGGGAGGGUACCAAUGUUCCAGCUUGGGUGGCCUUCGACAGGCAGGUCCUUUGUUUUGAUGCUUUCUUCCAGGAGGCUGUUCAUGAGAAGAGAGAAGAACAGUUCCGAAUCAGGAAUUGUAAGAUCUACUUCUACUUGGAGGAUGAUUCCAUCCAGGUUAUAGAGCCAAGAAUAAAGAACGGUGGCGUUCCUCAAGGAACCCUGAUCCGAAGACAUCGGGUGCCAAAACCACCACCACAUGAUGACGUGUUCUACACAGUGGAGGACUUCAACAUCGGAGUAGAACUCAAUCUGUACUCCAAGGUCUUCAAAAUCACAGGCAGUGACGAGUUCACUCAGAACUUCCUCAGGAAACUCGGCGUUCGGAUCAACGGCCCAAGUGACAUUCCUACUGAUCCCUACGUCCAGCACCGGAAAGCUAUGGACGAAAGCAUGCAGCCACUGCGCCCCUACGAGAAGCAUGACACUCUCAAACAGUUCCUGGACCAUGACCGUCAUGUUCUACGUUUCUACUGCUACUGGGACGACAGUGAUAACAUGUUCGGUGAUCCAAGGGAGAUGAUCCUGCACUACUUCCUGGCUGACGACACGAUUGAGAUUCGCGAGUGCAUCCCACCAAACUCCGGCCGUGAUGCUGUCCCGGUGUUUGUCCGCCGAGGGAAACUGCCCAAAGAUGUAGAUUCCCUGAAGCAACCGGGCACCGUCACUGACCGUACAGUUCUCAAUGUAUUUGGACCAACUGGACACGGUGGCCGAUACAUUCUGGACAGCUUGAAGACUGGAGCUGUUCACACUGAAUUCUACAAGGACACCGACCUGUCUAUAGGGUCUGUGUUGAAUGUAUGGGGACGGAAGUUCCUGCUUACUGACUGUGACCAGUUCACUCAGGAGUACUACAAGACCAAGUAUGGCAUCGAGGAGUUCUCACCCAUCAGCUACAAGCAGACCCCCAGCCGAGGGGUAAGGAAAACCUUCCCUCCUUUCAAUGGGUUCGGAAGUGAGGAGGAUUCUCUGUGUUCCUGCAUGGGCCUGAUGCCCAAACCUCCCAAGAGAGACUUCAUCAAGUUCAUGGAGAAGGACCGGCAUGGGCUGGACAGUAACGUCCUUCGCUUCCUGGGCCGCAUGAACACCAGCAAGCCCAUCGACAUGGACAGGCGUUUCAUCAUCUCCUACUUCCUCAGUGACGACAGUGUGCUGGUGUUUGAGCCUCCCGUCAGAAACUCAGAAUCUGCACCACAAACAGAAGGAGGAAUCAUUGGUGGCAAGUUCCUUGAGAGAGGCCGAGUAAAGAAGCCCGGCCAGGAGCCCUACAGCACAGAGAUCUCCAGCUACUACACAGCUCAGGACCUGUUUGUUGGAGCUAGUGUGGAGUUCAAUAAGUUCAAGUUCAUCCUUAUUGAUGCUGAUGAAUAUGCAUUCAGAUACAUGGAGGAGCACCCCGCAGAAUUCCCCAUAGCUAAUGUGAAAGCUAUCUGCCAGAAAGUGUCCAGCCAAAUUGGCCAGAACAAGGAGGAUAUCCGAGCCUUCUUUGCCAGGAACGACUCCAGUGGCAAUGGCAUUGUGUCAUAUGAACAGUUCAGUGGUCUCCUGCGACAGAUUGAUAGUUCCCUGACAGAGCAUGAGAUUAUGACAGUGGCACGGUACUACAGCGAGCAGAGGCCUGAGGAUGCCAUGGACCACCUGAAACUUGUUGCCAUCAUACAGGAACAGCUAAGGAAGAGGAACUUUGAAGGUUUUGGAACCCUGGUUCAGAGCUUCCUGCACGCUGACAAAGAAAAAUCUGGCUUCCUGGACGUAGAGACUAUCCGCACAGUAUUCCAUGCUCAUCAUGUUCCCCUACCUGAUGAUCUUCUGCGUGCAGGAAUUGCAUCUGCACCUGCCAAUGAGAGUGGCUUAAUCCUGUAUGAGGAAUUUGUGAAGCAGAUCAACUGGCGUGAUUUCCCAGUACCACCAAUGCAGUUUCAGCCUGUGUCUGAAGAAGCUGACUGGGCAGGCACCGCUGCCAAGAAUGCUGUCAAUGCAGUCAACUACCAGGCCAUGCUUUCAGAUGUGUUUGGUUCCAGUUAAUUGAGCAUUUCCUUUCACAGACUUAAGCAGCAAUCCCAUUACAUUAUAGGGAAAUAUCUCAACUAUGUGGAAAUUAAUUGACAUUUGUAUAUAUAGAUAUGGAAAGUUGUACAGGAAUUUGUCUGAAGUUUAUGUAAGUGGUGUGUUUCCCAAAUGAUUUCAGUAAAGAAAUUAACUCACAUAAUGUCAUUAAUAAAACAUUCAUUAUUCAUUCUGGAAACAGUUUUCAAAGCCAGUUGUACUGAUCAACUAUCACACACAGACAUGAUCAAUGCAGCAGGUUUAGGCCUGAUUAUUUGACCACUUUAAUGAAAUGUUUAAUGAUAUGGAACAAGUUGAUGUUCAUCAAGUUGUGAAAGAAAGUUUUUAGCAUAAUUUAUCUUUGUUUUACAUCCUUGUCAUCAUGAUCAGUUUGUUACUGUAUCCUUUAGAUGUUUUUUAUGGAUCUUUGUGAAAUAAUGUUUUCAUAAUAUCUGAGAUGCCUGUGAUAUUAAGUUAAAUAUAUACAUGUUUUACCAAAAAUGCAAAAUCAGUCAGAACUAUAUUUUGAUCAGUGCUAGCAGUGUUCACGAAUGGUGUUUCAAUGUAACAGGACAUUGGGUCCUGUAAGUUUCAGAUGUCUGUCUGACCCAUUGAAAAUUCACAGGACCCAUAGAAUAAAAUUAAACACACAUUUCAGAU